AUGGCUUCGGGAGCAGGCACAGCCUUCGAGGACCUCCCCCACGAUGGCACGUGCGACGCCUGCGAGCCGGACGAGGCAGAGCGCGCUGUGCAGCUCUGUGACAGCUGUGGCUUCUGCUACUGCCCGGCCCACGCCCGGGAACACCGCCAGAGGUACCGGAGCCACCGACUAUGGGACUAUGGGCCCCUGGAUGGGGACCGCGGGGAGCCCGAGAAGCUGGAGAGGAAGAAGUGCCUCGAGCACAACCAGGAGCUGAGCCUCUACUGCAAGGAGGAUGAGCAGAUCAUCUGCGUCCUGUGCGCAGUGGGAGGCUCCCACCAGCGGCACCUCCUCAGCACCCUGGACGAAGCCUACGAGACUCUGAGG